AUGGAGGUGUCCGGCGGCCGCGAUCCUGGCGGCGACGGGGCAGGGGACAGUGCCCCGCCGGACCCCCUGGCGCACGGCGCCACUGCGCCCAACUCCGGCCCCUGUGCAGCCGCCCGGGAGUCGGAGCGCCAGCUGCGCCUCCGCCUCUGUGUCCUCAACGAGAUCUUGGGCACCGAGAGGGACUACGUGGGCACCUUGCGCUUCUUGCAGUCGGCAUUCCUGCAUCGCAUUCGGCAGAACGCGGCGGACUCGGUGGAGAAGGGCCUGACGGAGGAGAACGUCAAGAUCCUGUUCUCGAACAUCGAAGACAUCCUGGAGGUUCAUAAGGAUUUCCUGGAGGCCUUGGAGUUUUGCUUACACCCGGAGCCUCAGUCUCAGCAUGAACUUGGGAAUGUGUUCUUAAAAUUCAAGGACAAGUUCUGCGUAUAUGAAGAGUACUGCAGCAACCACGAGAAGGCCCUGCGGCUGCUUGUGGAGCUGAACAAGAUCCCCACCGUGCGCGCUUUCCUCCUGAGCUGCAUGCUUCUCGGAGGCCGGAAGACCACGGACAUCCCUCUGGAGGGCUACCUGUUGUCUCCUAUUCAGAGGAUCUGCAAGUACCCCCUCCUCCUCAAGGAACUGGCCAAGAGGACCCCUGGCAAGCACCCCGACCACCCCGCGGUCCAGAGCGCCCUGCAGGCCAUGAAGACCGUCUGCUCCAACAUCAAUGAGACCAAGCGGCAGAUGGAGAAGCUAGAGGCCCUGGAGCAGCUGCAGUCACAUAUUGAAGGCUGGGAGGGCUCCAACCUCACGGACAUCUGCACCCAGCUCCUCCUGCAAGGGACUUUGUUAAAAAUCUCCGCAGGCAACAUCCAGGAGAGAGCUUUCUUCCUCUUCGACAACCUGCUCGUCUAUUGCAAGCGGAAAUCCAGGGUCACGGGGGGCAAGAAAUCCACCAAGAGGACCAAAUCCAUCAACGGCUCCUUGUACAUCUUCCGGGGCCGAAUCAACACUGAGGUCAUGGAGGUGGAGAACGUGGAGGACGGGACAGCGGAUUAUCACAGCAACGGCUACACCGUCACCAACGGCUGGAAGAUCCACAACACGGCCAAGAACAAGUGGUUUGUCUGCAUGGCCAAGACGGCGGAGGAGAAGCAAAAGUGGUUGGACGCCAUCAUCCGCGAGCGGGAGCAGCGCGAGAGCCUGAAGCUGGGCAUGGAGCGCGAUGCCUACGUCAUGAUCGCGGAGAAGGGGGAGAAGCUGUACCACAUGAUGAUGAACAAGAAGGUGAACCUCAUCAAGGACCGUCGGAGAAAACUGAGCACCGUCCCCAAGUGCUUCCUCGGCAAUGAGUUUGUUGCCUGGCUCCUAGAAAUUGGUGAAAUCAGCAAGACGGAAGAAGGAGUAAACCUGGGCCAAGCCUUGUUGGAGAAUGGUAUUAUCCACCAUGUCUCUGACAAGCACCAGUUCAAGAACGAGCAGGUGAUGUACCGCUUCCGCUAUGAUGACGGCACCUACAAGGCCCGGAGCGAGCUGGAGGACAUCAUGUCCAAGGGUGUGAGGCUUUACUGCCGUCUCCACAGCCUUUACACCCCUGUGAUCAAGGACCGCGAUUACCACCUGAAGACGUAUAAGUCCGUGCUUCCUGGGAGCAAGCUGGUGGACUGGCUCCUGGCCCAGGGUGAUUGCCAGACACGUGAGGAGGCGGUGGCGCUUGGCGUGGGGCUGUGUAACAAUGGCUUCAUGCAUCACGUGCUGGAGAAGAGCGAAUUCAAGGACGAGUCGCAGUACUUCCGCUUCCACGCGGACGAGGAGAUGGAGGGGACCAGCGGCAAGAACAGACAGCUGCGCAGCGACUUCAAGCUGGCAGAGAAUAUCCUGGCCAAGCGCCUGCUGAUCCUGCCCCAGGAGGAAGACUACGGCUUCGACAUUGAAGAGAAGAACAAGGCUGUGGUGGUGAAGUCAGUCCAGAGGGGCUCGCUGGCGGAGAUGGCCGGCCUGCAGGUGGGGAGGAAGAUCUACUCCAUCAACGAGGACCUGGUGUUCCUGCGGCCCCUGGCUGAGGUGGAGUCCAUCCUCAACCAGUCUUUCUGCUCCCGCCGCCCGCUGCGUCUCCUGGUCGCCACCAAGGCCAAAGAGAUCGUCAAAGUCCCCGACCAUCCAGAGGCCCUGUGCUUCCAGAUCCGGGGAGCAGCCCCGCCGUAUGUCUAUGCAGUGGGGAGAGGCUCCGAGGCUGCGGCUGCAGGCCUCUGUGCUGGCCAGUGCAUCCUGAAGGUCAACGGCAGCAAUGUGAUGAAUGACGGAGCCUCAGAGGUCCUGGAGCACUUUCAGGCAUUCCGGAGCCGCCAAGAAGAGGCCCUGGGCCUGUACCAGUGGAUCUACCGCACCCAUGAGGAUGCGCAGGAGGCCCGGGAGGCUGCUGGCGAGGACCCCAGUGGCGAGGGGGCCCGAGAGGAAGACCAGCUCAACUCGGCCUUCCCCCUAAUGUCCCUGGGCCCCCAGCCGAGCCAGCACGAGGACAGCCCUUUGGUCAGCCUGACAGUAGACAACGUGCACCUGGAGCAUGGUGUGGUGUAUGAGUACGUCAGCACCGCGGGCAUCAAGUGCCACGUGCUGGAGAAGAUGGUGGAGCCCCGCGGCUGCUUCAGCCUCACUGCCAAGAUCCUUGAGGCCUUUGCUGCCGAUGACAGUGUCUUUGUGCAGAACUGUGGGCGGCUCAUGGCCCUAAGCAGCAACAUGAGGACCAUGUCCCACUUCGAGUUCCGCAACAUCUGUGACACCAAGCUGGAGAGCAUCGGCCAGAGGAUCGCCUGCUACCAGGAGUUUGCAGCUGAGCUAAAGAGCAGGAUCAGCCCACCCUUCAAACAAGCACCCCUGGAACCCCAUCCGCUGUGUGGCCUGGACUUUUGCCCCACCAAUUGCCACGUCAACCUCAUGGAAGUAUCCUACCCCAAGACCACGCCCUCGGUCGGGAGGUCCUUCAGCAUCCGCUUUGGUCGCAAACCCUCCCUCAUCGGCCUCGACCCAGAACAAGGUCACCUGAACCCCAUGUCCUAUACCCAACACUGCAUCACCACCAUGGCUGCCCCAUCCUGGAAGUGCCUGCCUGCUGCGGAUGGGGACCCACAACGUCAGGGUCCCAACGACAGCAGCUUUGGGCCAGCCAAUGGAGCCCUUGGCCAGGAGGACCGAGGCCUGAGUUUCCUACUCAAGCAGGAGGACCGUGAGAUCCAGGAUGCCUACCUGCAGCUCUUUACCAAACUGGAUGUGGCCUUGAAGGAGAUGAAGCAAUAUGUCACUCAGAUCAACAGGCUGUUGUCCACCAUCACAGAGCCCACCUCCAGUGGGUCCUGUGACCCCGCCUUGGCCGAGGAGGCCUCCUCCCCACCGCUGGUCAGCGAAGAGAGCGAGAUGGACAGGACCGACCACGGCGGCAGCAAGAAGGUGUGCUUCAAGGUGUGCGAGGAGGAUCAGGAGGACUCGGGUCACGACACCAUGAGCUACCGGGACUCCUACAGUGAGUGUAACAGCAAUCGGGACUCUGUCCUGUCCUACACCAGCGUGAGAAGCAACAGCUCCUACCUGGGCAGCGACGAGAUGGGCUCCGGGGAUGAGUUGCCCUGUGACAUGAGGAUCCCAUCAGACAAGCAGGACAAGCUUCAUGGCUGCCUAGAGCAUCUCUUUAACCAGGUGGACUCCAUCCACACACUCCUGAAGGGGCCAGUCAUGAGCAGAGCUUUUGAAGAGACCAAGCAUUUCCCCAUGGACCACAGCUUACAAGAGUUCAAACAGAAAGAGGAAUGUACAAUCCGUGGCCGAAACCUGAUCCAGAUCAGCAUUCAGGAGGACCCCUGGAACCUCCCCAAUUCCAUCAAGACCCUGGUGGACAACAUUCAGAGAUACGUGGAAGAUGGAAAGAACCAGCUGCUCCUGGCCUUGCUGAAGUGCACAGACACGGAGCUGCAGCUGCGGCGGGACGGCAUCUUCUGCCAGGCGCUGGUGGCCGCUGUGUGCACCUUCUCCGAGCAGCUGCUGGCGGCCUUGAGCUACCGCUACAACAACAACGGCGAAUACGAGGAGAGCAGCCGGGACGCCAGCCGCAAGUGGCUGGAGCAGGUGGCGGCCACCGGCGUCCUCCUGCACUGCCAGUCCCUGCUCUCGCCGGCCGUGAAAGAGGAACGGACCAUGCUGGAGGACAUCUGGGUGACCCUCUCGGAGCUGGACAACGUCACCUUCUCCUUCAAGCAGCUGGACGAGAACUAUGUGGCCAACACCAAUGUCUUCUACCACAUCGAGGGCAGCCGGCAGGCGCUGAAGGUCGUCCUCUACCUGGACAGCUACCACUUCUCCAAGCUGCCGUCCCGCCUGGAGAGCGGGGCCAGCCUGAGGCUGCACACCGUGCUCUUCACGAAAGCUCUGGAGAACAUGGAGGGCUCACCUCCUCCAGGCAGCCAGGCUGCGGAAGAUUUGCAGCAGGAGAUCAACGCCCAGUCUCUGGAGAAGGUUCAGCAGUACUACCGCAAACUCAGGGCAUUUUACCUGGAACGGUCUAACCUGCCCACGGAUGCCAGCACCACAGCAGUGAAGAUAGACCAGCUGAUUCGCCCCAUCAACGCCCUGGACGAGCUCUGCCGCCUCAUGAAGUCCUUCGUCCACCCCAAGCCUGGUGCCGCCGGGAGCCUGGGCACCGGCCUCAUCCCCAUCUCCUCCGAGCUCUGCUACCGCCUGGGGGCCUGCCAGAUCGCCAUGUGCCGCACAGGCAUGCAGAGGAGCACCCUGAGCCUCUCCCUGGAGCAAGCGGCCAUUCUGGCGCGGAGCCACGGGCUGCUGCCCAAGUGCAUCAUGCAGGCCACGGACAUCAUGCGGAAGCAGGGCCCCAGGGUGGAGAUUUUGGCCAAAAACCUCCGGGUCAAGGACCAGGUGCCCCAGGGCGCCCCGCGGCUCUACCGCCUCUGCCAGCCGCCGGUGGACGGAGACCUCUAAACGCCGAGGUGCCUGGUGCCUGGCCGCAUCCUCUGGAGCCGGGGUUUGCAAGGACACAGGGGGCCACGCGGCUUUCUCCAGAGCUGGCCUGAGGCCUCCGCUCCGCCUGCCUCGAGAUCUGCCCGGCCUCCUCCAUUACGUCACCUCCUGGGAGGAUAAAUGGUGCCCCCAAACGUGGAUGAGCUGGCGAUUGGCCCUGGGCCGGCAUGUUCUCCACAGUUCUGCCAGAAUCCAGAGGGGGUCCUGGGGACCCACAGAACUGAUGGGUGCCUCCAAGGCCUGCGCUCCUGUCCCGAAGUCCCCAGGACACAGGGGAGACGUCAGGGGCGCCGCAGCUGGAGGCCCGUGGCCCCAACUCCCUCGGGAUGACUCAACCUGCACUUUGGAAACCCCUGGUUUCCUUUAAGUCCACAUUCCAGGUGACCACACGUGUCUCUUCCUCACCUUAGCUUCCAGAUCCCCCUCUAACCCUGUACUAAUCUCCCCAAUGGACUCAGAAAAGCCAGACCUCUGCCGGGAAAGACAGAGGGACAGGGCACAACACUUAUUACCAAGAGGACGGUUGAAAGCCACCCUGGCUUACUCUAUCAACGCCAUUGGAACUGGAGCCAUCAGCCCAGGGCACAAGACUUGCCCCAACUUUAUUUAUAUGGCGUGAACUCUCUAUGGUUUAUUUUGGGAUUUUUAUGUUGUCGUUGGUUGUGUUGAGAUUUCCGCCUCCUGCCCCCCAGGUUAUGUGAGUAUAUAUUUGCAUUUUAAAUUUCAAAGAAAGCUAUAUUGUCUAACAGGGGACCAACAUAAAGUAGUAUUGACAACUUUUCCCAGUUCUACUAAAAAAAGAAAAAAAAAACUAAAUUAUUGAAAAUGAAAGAAAUGUAUUUCAUCUUUUUUAGUAUUAGGGUCUUAAGAUAUUGCUUACAGAUAUCAACUAGGGUUCCUUUCCCCACCCACCCUCAGUUCUCUAGCCGUUGGCCUGUAUCAGGGUGAAUUACUUUGUUUUUUGAAUGACUGGCUCCAAGGGUUUCAGAGGUGGCUAGGCCAGGCCUGGGGGCUGGAGGGGGUUGAACCAUCCACUGGAGAGGCAGUCCCACACCAGUGUGUGUCCUCGGUGGUAGAGGGGCUGCUGAGAUAUCCUGAGAGGUGGCUUCUGUAAUUUAUUUUUUAAUGUUAAUCCAGAGCAAUGCAGCAGCAGGGCAUUUGGGACUUCUCAGCCAGCCAGAGAGACCGGAAGCGACCCUGCCCACCUGGGCACAGGAACCUACACAAGAUCUACCCCUCUGUCCGGCCCCCUUCCCCCCAGAGUUUGUUGCCUCCACCUCCUGUCGCCAGCAGGGAAAUGUCUUUCCAGCCUUGGCUGAUGGGUGAGAUCAGGUGUAGGUUUUCCUCUGUCCUGCAGGCUUGAAGCUGCACCAACAUCUUGGCUCCCUGCACCCCCAGGAGUCGCCUUCCCUCUCUUGCCACCCUGCAUCCGAUUGCAAGAGGUGAGCUUGUUGCUGGACAGAGGUGGCCUGGUACAAAUGAGGACCCCAUGUCAGAAAGGGAGAGGGUUCCCUGCGGGCAAGGGUGUUGUGCACUGGUUUACUUUACAAUGUACAGAUCUUCUCAUUCAAUUCAUGAUAGAUUUUUUUAUUAUUAUUAAAAGUUGGUUUAUAAUACAAA